ACAAUGAAUCUUCUGUUUAAUCUGUUUAUAAACGCUCGUCCAGUCAAUCGCUGGUCAACCUUCAAUCACGAUGUCAUAUUGGCGCAAUAACUACAUAAUCUUCAUUGCCGUGAUCAUCGUGGGAUCACAGCUCACGGCUUGGGCGGAGUCCGACGUCGAAAAGUACUGCAAAUACCUGGACUGUAAGGGCGGCAGAGUCAAAAUGGGCGAAUCGUUUGCUGCCACCAAGUUUGCCUUCGGAUAUUGCACCUGUGGUGAGGAAAACGGCAAGAAGUACACCCGGUACUUGCCGUGCAAUUUUGGCGACACGUUCAGCUUGGAGCAGCAGAAGUGUGUUAAGGGCGUCGCAAAGGCAUGAGUUUCGGUGAUUGAGGUUAGGGAAUCGUUGGGAUCCAACAAUCUGACGUCUGGUUUGUGUCAUUUGACAGUUGAUCGGUAAGAUCGAUCAUCUGUCUUCUGGAUCAACUGUCAUAAGACACAAGCUAGUCGUCAAACUGAUUGAUUCUUAUCAUGAAACGAGUUGGAAUGUAGUGGUCUUAUGCGAGAGUUAACUGAUGAUUAAGAUCGUUUAUAUCGUUUUUGAACAAUUAAGUGCUUGUAGAAUGUUGGAAACCAUCUAGAGUUGAUACUGAUCAAUGAAAAUAAUAAAAGUGCCACAAAAACGGUCAGUUUCAAUGAGGAGCAUACUAGAUGAAAUAAAAGCCCCAACUUGUCAAAAUUUUGA